CCUCACCAUCACCAUUUCCACCCUUCUCCUCCAAAUCCCCAACUGUGCAAGAGCAAUAAUGGCACUACGACCCUCGGACAUUACAAGGCCCUAAACUAGACAACUAGUGAAUGACACCCCCAAAAUAACAUAGAAGCCAAAACAGAACACACGAGUGCCAAGUAGCAACAGAGAGAAGUGAAUUAGUUGAGUUUGGUUUGGAUUUCCAACGCUCUUCAGGCGUUUAUUUCCAAGCUCCUCCCCCUCGUUCCCUCCGCCUUCUCUUCUCCUUCUUAAACUCCCUCCUCUCCUUCCUCUUCUUCUUCACCCAAAAACAACAGAGAGAGAGAGAGAGAGAGUUUGAGAUUAAAGAGGAGCCAUGUCCUUCUCUGCUGCCACCACUCAGCCCCUCCACCUCAGCACCACCGCCGUCGCAUCCUCCGCCAGAUCCAAUGACAAGCUACCCUCUUCUCUCCUCGUGUCAAAGACUUCGUCUUUUCUGGGAUCCAACCGCAAGCUCCGACAUGGGUCUGUGGCUGCUGCCAAGCCCAAUGCGCAGCGCCGAUCCGCCGUCGUUUCUGUCUCCGAGGCUGUCAAGGAGAAGAAGGCCAAGGCUUCCACCAAUCUGCUGAUCACGAGAGAGGAAGGCUUGGAGAUUUAUGAAGACAUGGUAUUGGGUAGAGCUUUCGAGGACAUGUGUGCUCAGAUGUAUUACAGAGGCAAGAUGUUUGGGUUUGUUCACCUUUACAAUGGCCAAGAAGCUGUGUCAACUGGGUUCAUUAAACUUACAAAGCAGGAAGAUACUGUGGUGAGCACAUACCGUGAUCACGUUCACUCUUUGAGUAAGGGUGUCCCUGCUCGUGAAGUCAUGAGUGAGCUCUUUGGAAAGGCCACUGGUUGUUGCCGGGGACAAGGUGGUUCUAUGCACAUGUUCUCGAAAGCUCACAAUGUGCUAGGUGGGUUUGCGUUUAUUGGUGAAGGUAUUCCAGUGGCUACAGGGGCAGCCUUCAGUUCUAAAUAUAGGAGGGAGGUUUUGAAUCAGGCAGACUGUGAUCACGUGACACUGGCAUUUUUUGGAGAUGGAACUGCCAACAAUGGCCAGUUCUUUGAAUGUUUGAACAUGGCGGCAUUGUGGAAAUUACCAAUUAUAUUUGUAGUGGAAAACAAUUUGUGGGCUAUUGGAAUGUCUCACUUGAGGGCAACUUCUGUUCCUGAAAUUUGGAAGAAGGGAGAAGCAUUUGGUAUGCCCGGAGUUCAUGUGGACGGGAUGGAUGUUUUGAAAGUGAGGGAAGUUGCGAAGGAAGCAAUUGGUAGAGCCAGGAGAGGAGAGGGACCGACCUUGGUGGAAUGUGAAACAUACAGGUUUAGAGGACACUCAUUGGCUGAUCCCGAUGAGCUCCGUGACCCUGCUGAGAAGGCACACUAUGCUGCCAGAGACCCCAUCACAGCCUUGAAGAAAUACAUUUUUGAGCACAACUUAGCCAAAGAAGAAGAGUUGAAGGCCAUAGACAAGAAGAUUGAUGAGGUGCUUGAAGACGCUGUUGAGUUUGCCGAUGAGAGCCCGCUCCCACCUCGCAGCCAGCUGCUGGAGAAUGUGUUUGCCGAUCCUAAAGGCUUUGGAAUAGGGCCUGAUGGCCGCUAUAGAUGUGAGGACCCUAAAUUCACUCAAGGCACUGCCAAGGUCUAAUCUUUGUCGGACCUUGAGCAGUCUGCUUGUGCUAUUUCUCUAUUCCUAGGUGCAUGCUAUAAAAUUUUAGCUACUGCUAGCAGUUCUCGUGUCACUUAAAAUGAUGGUAUUUGCAUUUCUACUAGAAACUUGAAUACUUGUGUUUAGGGUGGGUUUUCGUUUGAAUUUUGGUCAUUUGUGUUUGUUCUAAAUUAUCACUGUUUCUGUAAUUGCAACAGUUUACCCUAAAGGGAUGUUGUUUUGUGACUUCUGCCCAAUUUCAUCAUA